CAUACCGCGGGUCGGACGCAUGCCUUUAUGGGUGAGUUACAGUACCCCGGCGCGCCUGGCGUCGACGACGAAAGACAGUAUAGGGCUCCCUUCAGAAGGGCUCCUCAGUACAGAUGGCCUGCGCCCCAACCCCCGCAGCCCUCGGCCUUCGCCCCGUGGCGCAGGGCUCCGGCCCCGCCGCGGCCGCCCGACUACCGACGUAGUGCCUCAUACCCUGGGAAGCCAGAUGAGCCGUUUCAAGAAAGAGGGGGAUUGGACAACAUGCGGUCAUUAGAACAUUAUUUAACCGAUAUAAUGAGAGCGGACACGUCAGAUCACAUGAAAGGCAAGUCGCCGUUUUUCCCAGGCGUGGAGGAGGCGGCGGUGGCGGCGGGCGCCGCGGGCGCCGGCUCGCCCUCCGUGCCCUCGGACCAAGCGCAGGAUGUCGUGUCCAGGCUCAGUGCGGCUGGUCUAUCCAUGUGCGUGAGCGCGCUCGGCUCGCCCGCUCGCUCGUCGCCCGUCUCCGCCGGCUCGGAGCACGGCGAGCGGUUCAGUAGGAAAGUGUUCGUUGGGGGCCUACCACCAGACAUUGACGAGGAUGAGAUAACAUCUUCGUUCCGGCGGUUCGGUCCGCUGGUGGUGGACUGGCCCCACAAAGCGGAGAGCAAGAGCUACUUCCCGCCUAAGGGUUACGCGUUUCUACUGUUCCAGGACGAGAGCUCAGUGGCCGCGCUGAUGGAGGCCUGCAUCACGGACGAGGACAAGCUGUACCUGUGCGUGUCGUCGCCCACCAUCCGCGACAAGCCCGUCCAGAUCCGGCCGUGGCGGCUCGCCGACGCCGACUUUGUGCUGGACGCCAGCAUGCCCCUGGACCCGAGGAAGACUGUGUUUGUGGGCGGGGUGCCGCGUCCGCUCAAAGCUGUGGAGCUGGCGAUGAUAAUGGACCGGCUGUACGGCGGCGUGUGCUACGCCGGCAUAGACACUGACCCCGAGCUCAAAUACCCCAAGGGCGCGGGCCGAGUGGCGUUCUCCAACCAGCAGUCGUACAUCGCGGCGAUUUCUGCGCGAUUCGUGCAGUUGCAACACGGCGACAUUGACAAGCGUGUUGAGGUGAAGCCGUACGUGCUGGACGAUCAGAUGUGUGACGAGUGCGCGGGCGCACGCUGCGGCUCAAAGUUCGCGCCGUUCUUCUGCGCCAACGUCACUUGUCUGCAGUACUACUGCGAGCACUGCUGGGCCACGAUCCACUCGCGGCCGGGGCGCGAGUUCCACAAGCCGCUCGUGAAGGAAGGCGCGGACCGCCCGCGCGCCGUGCCCUUCCGCUGGUGUUAGUGACGUCGCGGCGAGUGGUAGAGAAUGGUGGAGAGUGGUAGAAAGUGGGCAACACUGAGUGUGGUGUAUUUUUGUUGUGUGGAAAAACCGGGUGAAAGGUAUAAUUUGUUUUCUUAACGAUUGUCUGCUCUCUCUUUUUUUUAAAGUUAACCGAAUGAUUUAAUAUAAGGUCAUUGUCAACGUUUGUGAAUAAAUGUCUCUACGAGACUAAUACCUUAGCAGUUCAAUGAACCACUAAAUGACACUAACCAUACUUUGUUAUAAAUUGGUUUAACUUUUGUAAGCCUUUAUUAGCAACAUCUUGGUCGUUAAAAAUUUUGUCGCUUUGAUUUGAGAUACACCACACGUCGUUAGCGACAUAAAAAUGUGUGGCAACUACAUUAUUCAUCUCUCGCGACCUUUAUAAAAACUAAAAACAUAAUGAGCCACAGAGGCACUAACCACUUUCUACCACUCUUUACCCGGAAUCGUAUUUUAUAUGGUAGCUUCCUAUCCUACCCACACUGCUUGUACUUUAAAACAUCAGAGUAUCAUCAAAAUACGGUUCUUUGAGACCUUACCAAAUACUUCAGGAACAGACAGACUUAAAAUCUACUCUGGAAAGUUAGAAAGAAGCCCACGUAUCAACUGACCGGGCUAGAUUUUUCUUCUAUUUGGUAGCAACUAGCUUGUUGCUGGCAACACUGUGUUUUUAUUUUGCAAAAACACAAUGUUGCUAAUUAGUGACUACCGGAUACGACAUUUUCCGAUUCGGAUGCCAAUUCUUUGGCUGUAGAGAAAUAAACAAUUUAAUAAGCAACAUUAUCCAAUGUUUAAUAUUAAGCAGAAUAUUAUAGAGUUCAAGUACAAGGCGUUAGUUUGCUUUGUCGCUGCCUCGGCGAUUGCUAUGCUCUGUACUUUUAAAGGUAUUGCCAGUGUAUAAAAAAACUGCUAAGUUAGUAGUUUUUUCAUUCGCCGGGGAGGCGAUGGCGUAAACCAUUAUUCGAUUUAAGCAAAAAUAUGUAUUCCAAAACUUAGCUAGUUGUCCGUUUGGAAAUAAGCUCCACCUUGAAACGAAGUGGUGCCCUUAGACCAUCGACAGGUUUUGACUAGUCGCAUGAAUUCGUACGCUCACUUUCGUAAGAUAUUAUUGUAUAAGGCAUAAAGUGUCUGAUUUCUCGAUAUAAAAAGAAAUAUAAUUGUACCUGUGUAGCUAGAAUGAAUUUCCUAAGGUUUUUCUCUCGAUUUUCUUAUUGGAUACUGUUGCGGAUGAUUGUCGGUUCGUCCAAUUCGGUUGCUAUGCGAUUCGUGUCGGUCUUAUUUCAGUAUUUGAAGCCUGAUUAUGUUCACUUGUUUUUGGUAGAAAUGGGUUUUUGUUUUCUGACUUUGAAUGUCUCAUAUUGAAAAUGGACUUUUUGCUGAAGUUAUCUAUAGCGGCGCAUCUUAUUCAUCGGAGUGCGAGGCCGUGAUGUUAAGCUAAAUUCAGUCUUGUUUCGAUUCACACCGAACGCUCAAUUUACCUUGAUAUCAAUGACCCGAUGACAUCGGGUAAGAAUUCGAUUUACUUUCACGCUAACGGCCCACAAGUCUAUUUGUCCAUAUCUUUGAAUGGGAUUUCAUUCGUUCGUUUUUCGUUUCCUGGGAGGUGGUAGGAACUCGUUAGUACAAACUUGUUACCAAUUUGGCUGUACGUCCGUUUUAUCGCGGGCAUUUCAGUCCUCAAAAGCGAGACGUUGAGAUUAAUUUAUCUGAAUGCUAUUGUGUAUUCUUCGGCUGAACGGAUUUAGAACUGCAACUCUCGUCUCGUCUUCUGGGACCGUAUGUAAGCCUAUUGUACAGUCUCGCAAAAACCUUGGCGAAUCGUUGCGCCACCAACCUCGAAUAUUGAAAACUACGACUUUUUGUCGGGAUUGUACAAUAGUGAUUAGCGUAAAAUGUUAUUUAUAAAUGAUAUUUUUUCGAUCCGCCGGGAUAGUGCAAUAGACGGUAGGAUAGUGUUAUAGAAAUAUUAUUGUAACCAAUUUCCUAGGUAUAUUAUAAUGAUGCGGUUUUGCUUGCAUUCUUAUAGCACUCUUGUUUUUAAUCAUCUGGCACUUUCAUAUUAAUUCUAUUGGAAGAACGUGAUGAUUGGAUAACAUUAACUCUUGCUAGAGUUGAAUUGAAAAGUGCUAUACUAAUGUUAGUUUCGUUGUUAAAACAAACUUUGAUUUCGUAUGUACUUAAACAUUUGUUCAUCGAUCUUGCGACAACGGCUUGUUUUAUUCUGAAUAAGAAUUUGAGAAUAAUUUUCGACUUAUUGUUAUUUAGAAUGAGAUUUGCCCGUUUAAAGAUUAUUAACAAAUUAAUCGGUAAAGGCACCGUAUCCCGAUCGACCACGGACGUUUUAUAGACUGUAGUAAAAAGACUUGCGCGAAUUUUUUGAGGGUUUUUUCAUGAUUUUGAUGCGGUUUUUUCGUGUUGUGUAUCUUUUUCAGAAUUAAAUGAGGCUUGAUAGUGCCUUGGUAUUGCGACUGCGUACGGCGUACCCCUCCCUAGUGUGAGAAAAUGUUGAGAACAUCAUCUGAGCUCAACUAUGCUGUUGAUUAUCUGAAUUUUGAAGUCCUUUUUUACUCGGUUGAUUCGACCCAACAUGCAACCGUUGUCGCUGCUAAAUAGAGACUGGGUUAUACCGUCUCUAAUAACAAUAUCGUUUUGACUCGCGACGCCGAUUUUCGAACUACACACCUUCAAAUGUUUGGGCACGCGUUCACCUUAAAAAAACAAUUAAGGAUGGAAUUUAAAGGCGCGCUUUGCUCGCCCCAAGCUAACGUUUCUGUAGGCUUUAGCAAAAUUAAGAUUGUUCAUUAACCAUUCUCUUGGCACGAGCAAAAUGAGCCCCGUUUCGAUUUUUCUAAACGUUAAGUAGGUACAAUUUCUAUUAUAACUAAAUAGAGAGCAUUUUAGUAAAAAUAUUUGCCAUAAUACGAAAGCUGCGAUGACUUUUCCGUCGCCGCCAACAAAUAAUAUGACACAAUGUUCAACUAAAUCAAUUAAAUGGUAGACAAGAAUAUUUGCAAGAAUUAUAUUUUCCUAGUAUUUAGAAUAUGUAUGUAUAUGGCGACACGAAAAGUCACGUAGUUGUCUCGUUACAGAGUGGUCACAUGCGGCGUGACGUAACGUUAACUCUAGUUAUAGAAAAAUAUUUAGUAGAUUCAGUAAUAGCGAAUAAACGAUCUCAGGUCGUUUUCUCUUUAUAAAUUGAUAACUAGAAAUUUCCUAGACAUUUUUGAACACGCCUUAAGUACGCCCCAGACUCUCACCUCACUCGCUUGGCACCUCGAUUUUUACCGCUCAGACGGUCCCAGCGUAAUUGUUUACUGCAUUUUCAAUUAAAUUUCCACUUUGGUAGAUGUAUUUUUUUUAGUUGCAAUACUUCAUAAAAUUUAAUAAAAGAAGAAUAUUAUUUAUGCCUCUGAAUAGAUGUGUGAUCAUUUGCUUUUUUAAUUUAUUUUUAAUCAUUUUCGUGCAUUUGAUGUAAAGUUUUUUUUUUUUGAUGAAAUUGCUCAAAUAUAUUUGGUGAAAUUGUUUGGUGCCCCCUAAUCCUCCUGUGAACUAGUGAAGAGGCGGGACGCGUGAGUGUGAUGUGUGGUCGCCCUGUCCCAUUUUGUAUUUUUGUAUUUUUAUAAAAAACGACAAUUGUGAAUUCGGACGUGUUCUUUUUUUACUUUGCGCGCAACGUUAGUAGCUGUUGAACGCUUGGGUGACUUGAUUUUUUUUAAUGGUGUUGGUCUCCACGACCUAACGGAUCUUCAAGUGGUGCACUGUCACUCGGGACCUUCAGAUUAUAACAACCAUUGAAUAAGAUUUGAAGUUAUUAUAAUAAUUCUUUAACUUAAAUGUCUUAUAUUAAACUGACGGUCCCACCUUUAAGGUCUGUACAACCCAGCGAUUAAAAACUUAAUUGGUGUUAGAUUUUAUAAACCGAGGUGUGUUUGGGAUAUGUGGUCUCUGCGUUUAGAUUUCUCAUAGCGCUAGAAGCUGUUUGUAGUGAUGGCGGGUGUCGACGUCGGCUGUAAUGUUGUUCAUGGAGACUCAUUGCGAUGUCUUUCAAUGAGCAGUAUAAGCCGCUAGUUUGCAAGGAUUGUGUGUAAUCUAGUUGAAUUGAAACACGGGAGAAGAUUCAUUGGCUUCGUUGUUUUGUAGCCCCCGACCAGGUAUCAGAUACGGCGGUUAUCAGCCAUAAUUAUGAUGCUGCCUUUGGUGAUUUGGUGGCGCUAGCGUCGACAUGAGCAUGUGUUUAGUGUUGCCAAACUUGACUUUACUUUCUACCGUGACCAGGUAGAGAGGUAUUUCUUAAUUUGAAUUUGUGUACUCGUCGGGGGUGUAUUAAUUUUAUAAAGUUUAUUAAUUAUUGUCUUAUUGAUUGUUCGUCCCGCAGUGUUUUGACAUGUUUUAGUUUUUAGACGAAGUUUGCGUUUGGAGUACCUAUUAGGUUUUUUAAGUUCGGAAGUUUCUGCGGGCCGAUAUGUUUUCAUUUGUUUGUUGAGCGAUUAUUACACAGUGUAACAUUAUUUGUAAACGUCUGAGUUUAAAUGGCAAUAUUUUUAAAGUAUUGCGUUGUCUGAGGACGUUUGAGAAAAUGGCACUGUGUAUUAAGCGCUAUAGUUUGUAGGCUGUUUUUGCUUCCUCGUUUACGCCGCUUCGCGGGUCUGUUCUUGUUGUAAUAAAUUGUUGUCGCCAGCGCGCGGUCGAGUGUGUGUGAUUAGAUUGAAUUCUUUUAUUUUAGACGUAAUCUCGUGGUUUCAUAUCACUUGCUGCGGCGCACCGCGGGGGGCAUUGUCAUUCUUUAAUAUUCUAUGAAGUAUUUAAUAGCAUGUGUACAUUGUUUUGUCAUAAAAUUUGUACUUGAUAUUGUAGCUAACUUGACGACUUGUUGUUGUUGAUGACAAUCGAUGUUCAACCCCUCGUUGUUUCAGAGUGACUUUUUUUCGCACUUUUUCACUUGCAUGUAAAUAGGUUCAUACGUUGAACUUUUCUUAGUAAAAAUUAAAAAAAAAAUAAAAAUCCGCAUAAAUAAGGUUUUUUACGAUUUACGGCGGCGGACCGUGUUAGAGAAAUUUUUGUCUUGGCGUUCGCUUACGGGCGCUCUGUAAAUUGUGCUAGGGUCUCUAGUGAAAUUACAUAAUUUUUAAAGAAUAGCGAAUGGUAGUGCAAUUCAUUAAAUACAUUACCUAGUUGUGUAUGAUAAUAUAAUGAGAAAAUAGUACCUAAAUACAUUAAAAAGUUGCUAGACAAUAUUGUUUUGAAGUUUUCCUGCACCGUCGUCGGUUUUCACGUUUCAUUAUUUAAUGUUAAUACUCGUGUUUUUGACUAAUAGGUGCAUUGAAAUUAUUUUUUUAAUAGACUUUAUAAGCCAACUCCACGGUAAAUAAACAUUGUUCUAUUCUUUUUCUAUCUGGGAGUCGGUUUGAAUAUCAUUUAAAUUGAUUUGACAUAAGAUUUAUAUAUUUUUAUAGACAGUUAUUUCAGUGACUUGUUAAAUAGAAUCCAUUUCGUUAAAAAUUAUUUGCUACAAUCAUUUUUGUAACGCAUUACAUUCGGUUCGGUAUUCUUUGGUACCGACAGGCGUGGAUGUGCAAUAUUUUUUUAAUGAAUUCGUCGAAGCUAUAAAACAUUUGUUGUUCAUCCACGUCUGGCUGCACCACACAUUUGACUUUUUUAAACUAGUGACAGCUUUAGUGAGAGAUAUUUAAGAUUAAUUUAAGCCUUGUUUUUAGAAUAAGCACACGGUAUUAAACACUAUAGUUUGUAAAACUUGUACCGAACCGAGUGGAUUUUUUUUUACUGGGAAAUUUCAAUGUUUUUAUGUAUUCCAGGUAUCUAAUGUGUUUCUAUGCUUUUGUAUGUAGUCGGAUUGUUCAUGCAGUUGAGACUAUUGUGGAGACAUUAAAAUGAAUUUGAAAUCUUUUUCCUGUGUUUCAUCUUGUAGUUUGUGUGUGGGAUUCGUGCAAUCGGUUUUCUUUGUGGUUUGUCGCACACGGUCGAGAGACGCUAGGGGUGUCAUGUAAUUUGCUAUGAACUAGCAGUAUAAUGGAAACCCAAUUUUCCCACCAUGAGAACUUACUAAGUGGAUUACAGGCGUGGUUAUUCACAAAUAACACUCGAAUGUCGCUUUUUACCAAACGAGAAAUUAAGACAUGUGACCAACUGAUUACCUAUGGUCUAUCGAUAAACUAAUUCCUGCCUCUACGCAAUAAAAAGUACAUUACACACCUACUCUAAGCGCCGCAGUCUAUUGAUCGUGUGUGAAAACCAAAUUCAUGCUUUUGACACAUCGUAAUUUGUGUGCAUCUCCAAAUUUUGACCAAAGAUUCGUCCAAAGACGACACCAAAAAGACAGGGCGAUAGUGCCCAGUGAUUUUUUUUAUUUAAUUUCUGGAGAUAGCCCAGCCGCGGAUAUGAUUUGAUUCCAAUUUUACUUAAAGUAAAGAAUAAUCAUCAAGUGUUACAAGAAAAUUUUCAGCAAUAACAAAUGUUGACAUUUCUGCACAGACAUGUAAUUUUUUUUUUAAUCUGUGCAUUUGUGCGACUGAUGAAAAGUCUAUCGACAACAUAAAAUCAUAUCUGCACCUGUUUGCUUUUUAAAAUCAUAUCUCAUCUCUAUCAUCCGCUUCUUUUGAUAUAUUUUUGAAAUUAUGCCUAUUUAUAUUUUUUACCGUUUUUUAUUACAUUUUUUUUAUUUAACUAGUUGUUCAUUGUAGUUGUUUUAUAUUUUUUAUUAUUAGUGUUUAGUAGUUUAAUAAUUCAGUAUUUUUCCAAGUUUUCUAUAAGUAAUUUUACACUGCAAUAGAUUAAGCUUUGCCAAUAAAUGAAGGCAAAUUGCACAUUGGCCAUAAGAAAUUAAAUUUAAGGUUAAUCUAUUAUAUUUAACAUUCGAAUGAAAAUAGUGAAAAAAAUGUAAAAAAAUCGUUUUGUCGGUAAAAUAAAAUUGCAAUGUAGAUUCAGAAAUUUCUAAAUCAGAGCUUUACUGGUAAGAUUAUUAUGUUUAUUUUACAGUUUUUUUCCCCUAUAAUAAAUUGUGGUUAACACCCUAAAGUUUUUAUAUAUUUAUGUAAAAAUUUGUAGACGUAACUACGUAGUUUGAAUUUACCUGUUUUUCAUUUAUUUUUAAUGAGAGUGAAUUAUAUUUUUUUGUUGUUUGAAAUAAUAGUAUUAAUUAUUAUAAUAGCGUUAUGUGUUACCUGCAAGGGAAUAAUCGAUAAUCAACGUUGGCUUAGGUCGGUCACAAGCGUGCGAUGCAUCGACUUGACCACUUAUAGCUGUAGUUAGGACCACUAGUCGCCCGUCUGUGGUCGUCCUUAGUCACAAUUUGCCAACGUGAUAUUGGAAAGAAAUUGCGAUUUUUAGACAUUUUCAAUUAUAAGUGAUUACGCGAAGAAACCCGGUUUCGUCUCAAGACAAAUAUAUUGAUGAUCAUCCGCGGAGACUGGUCUUCUUUGUGUAAACACGCUAAUCCCUGCAGGUCUGUAGGUAUUGUUUAAAACUGAAAUACUUGAAUUUUUAUAUGAAUUUUAUUAUUAUAAUAUGGUAUUUUACUAAAUAUUAGUCCAAUAUUAAAUCUUU